GUUAAACCCCAUCGAAGAAGAAGAAGAAGAAGAAGAAGCCAUAACACCAUAGGAGAAAAUUAGCAAUUUUUUUGUGUAGUAAAGAAAGACCCACAGCCCGAACUAAAUUGGCUCCCCAACUCUCAUUCGACUGAAAAUGUCUAAACUACAGUCGUUUCGUGUGUUUUUAAAUGAGCGCUUAACGGAGGCUGCUGUGGAGAUUUUCGGUGCAGUUGAGAAAGCGGUAGUGGAGUACCAGGAGGAGAAUGAUCGGCUACGGAGAAUGCUGCGAAUCACACCGGAGAUAAAACUAUGUGGAAUAGGCUCCCUGCAGCUGUCUCUUGCUGUCUCUGAAGAGGCGGUUCCCCCUGAGCAGCAGCACUGUGAGCAGGAGUGGAGCCCCAGUCUGGGGCAGGAGGACCCAAGGCACACACAGAUUAAAGAGGAACAGGAGGAACUCUGGACCAGUCAGGAGGAAGAACAGCUUCAAGGGCUGGAGCCUGAUAUCAUAGAGUUCAAAUUUACUCCUUCCUGUGUGAAAAGUGAAUGUGAUCAGGAGGUCUCACUUCAGUCGUUAACUCUUCCCCUAACCCAGACAAUGGAGAACAGAGAGCGUGACUGUACACCAGUGGAUCUCAAACCUUGUGGCACUGUUACCAACCUAAAGGGUCUUGACAUUCCUUGUGACCGUCCAAGUGAUCAAAACAAUGCCUCCGGACACAGCUCAGCCGUAAGCAGCCACCCAGUAGGACUUUACAGCAGCCCACCAAUGGAUGCCAACGCACCAUUGGGGGAACGCCGUUCUAAACCCAGCACCACAUCUAUACAUAUUCACUGCUGCCAUGACUGUGGUGAAACAUUUGCUCUGAAAGCUGACCUGCAGAGGCAUUUGACUCACCCCAAGAAGAGACCCAAUGAAUGCCGCUUAUGCAAAAAACACUACAACUCCAUCUGUGAACUGAAGACCCAUGUUCGACUCUGUCAGGGUGGGAAACCCUGCCUUGUUUGUGGCGAGACCUUCAGAUACAAAGGAGAUCUGUCCAGGCACAUGAAGACUCACAAAGGAGAGAAACCAUUCAGCUGUAGUGACUGUGGGAAAAGUUUCAAUCGCAAAGAGUACCUAACCGAACAUAUACGGACUCACACAGGAGAGAAACCAUUUAGCUGUGGCGUCUGUGGGAAAACCUUCAGUCAAAGGGGAGCCCUAGGGAGGCAUAUACGGACUCACACAGGAGAGAAACCGUUUAGCUGUGGCGACUGUGGGAAACGAUUCCGGCAGAAGGGUGACCUAGGGAAGCAUAUGUUGACGCACACAGGAGAGAAAAUAUUUAGCUGUGGUGACUGUGGGAAAUGUUUCAGUCGCAAUCAUACUACCUGAUCAGUUACGGACUCAUACAGGGGAGCAGUCGUCACAGCUAAACGGUUUAAGGGUGGAGGCAUAUAUUGACUCACACAGGUGAUAAGCACACGGUUGCUCAGUUUGUGGGUGAACAUUCAUUCCUAAGGCUCAUCUGCUGAAACACGUGAAUCACGUCCACGAAGAAAGAAAUCAGGACAAAAGCGGAAAGAAAGAAAAUUAGGACAUAACUUCUUCUGUCAGAUGGGAGUAAAAGUUCAAGUUUUUAAGUUUUUGUCAUGUGCACAGGAUAAGAAAAAAUAAGAAAACCCGCACACUGCUCUGGCUAGUAUCAUUGCUCUUUAUUAAGCUUUUACGUAUCAGCCUCAAGGACUAGAAUACAAGUAUAACAAUAAUACAGAUAAAGGCUCAAUUGAAUAACAAUAAAAUAAAUAUAAAUACAAGGAGGCCACUCAAACAAAUUUACAGUAGAAUAUUUACACGUGUGUUAGGGGAGGGGAAUGUGUAGAGCAAAGUGUUGAAUUGUGCAAUAGUUAAGCAAUAAUAAGUUGAUGUUUAGUAGUAGCAGCAGUCAUGGUGUACGUGCAUGUGUGCCAAGGUGUGGCGAGUCGGUGCAAAGGAGCUGUUGGUGGUCAGUGCCAGUUCAGGUGUUCAGCAGUCUGAUGGCUUUUGGGUAGAAACUGUCUCUGAGCCUGGCGGUCCGAGACACAACGCUCUGAUACCGUCUGCCCGACAUUAAGGGAGUGAACAGUCAGUGGCUAGGAUGUGUGGGGUCCUUGAUAAUAUUACGGGCCUUUCUCGGGCACUGCUUGGGGAAAACGCCCUGUAUGGGUGGGACCACGGUCCCAAUGAUGGACUGGGCCUUCUAGACCAGAGUGGUGGUGUUGACCAUUGUGAAAAAAAAGUACUACUUAAUCACUACACAAAACAUAUUUGUGCAGUAGUGACUAUGUAGAGACUUGUAGGAAUUGGGUAGUUUAUGCACUAUUCAAGAUACAAAAGUAGGGUUCAAUAGGAAAACACUAGUGUUUCCUGUAUUAAUCAGGUAGAGAUUUUACAACUUGCUGAUUUAGUAAAUAAGUAGUCAAAAUACUAUAGAUUCAGUACAACAUCUGUUCAAUAGUCAGAGCUUCUAGUGCUUGUUUGUGUAGUGAAUAAGUAGUUGAGAAACUUCAGCCAGACUACGCCGUCUUUUCAGUAGUGAUCAGGGCCCGGUUUCCCGAUUAGCGUUGGAACCUAGGCUUAACGACAGAUGUCACGCCCGUUUCCCAAAACGCCAUGCAGUGCACUCGUUACGAAGUGGAACCUAACUGUCAUCACAGGAGCUUUCCCGUGCUGAAAAUGAUUCCAGAAUAUAGGCUAAAGAGCUUUCCAUGUGUUAUGUAUCCUAAGUGUUUUCUCGUGCUAUUUUGUAUACCAUGUUUGAUUUAUGUCAAAUCUGCAUUUCUUCAGUUUGUGUAACUGAACAAGAAUGAGUGAAGCCAAAGUCAGUCAGUCGCUCGCUCGUUCACUCGGUCGCCAUUUUAGAAAAUAUCAAGGUGACCUAAAAGUAGGAUAUGAUAACAAGGGUUCUUGUAAUUGCUCAACAAAUCAUUGUAGCCUAAUGGCAGGCAGUAAUUGGGCUUCAAGUAGGUCUACAGAUAUUCUAUAAUUAAACAUGAAGUAGCAAGUUAAGCGACGUUGUCAUAAGAACUAAUAGGUUAUUGCUUAAGCUACAGUGAAAUGUGUGAGCUUUUAGAUAACAGGACACUAUCGGCUUAAUAGAUACGAAUGUUGGAGCGGCUCAGAUGUAACCCGAUGGCUUAAUACUAGGUCGUUCUAUUGAUGACAUCCCUUUCAUGCAUGUCCAAACGGUCUUAGCUGUUAGCCGUUGUCAGAGGUGUAUUGUGUUUAGCCUAGCUGUUUGCUAGCCCCAUUGAAAUGUAGAAAUGCAGCCUCUGUUUUCGUUACGCUGGCUAGCUAAUAAGUAUGUGUUUUGUAUGCAAAUGUACAGUAAGCUCAUAAGUAUUCUUACACAUUCUACUUGCCUAUUUUGACCUGUUGCGAAGGAGGCCCUCGACAUAAGACUAGAGGCCAUUGUUGGUAGGAUUAACAUUGUUUAUCAUGUUUCAUUUUCUUAUUUGACCUCUGUGAGCAGAUGAUUGAUAAUGGUUUACAAUUGGUUGUUUCGUGUGCAUCUCUUUUUUUAAUAGAAAAUAAAAUACAUGGAAAGCUGAGGUUCUAAGUAGAAUGACACAAUGUACAGGAAAUUGUGUACGAUGCAAUAUGUAUGUCUAUUAUGAAAAACCUACUUAAUUUAAGCUAAGGGCCGCAGAAUGAGCAGUGAUGCUCCUUGGGUUGUACACUGUGGAUUUGGAAACUAGCGGUGCCCCUGAGUAGAAUGGGCCCCCCUUUUACUGCAACAAGAUGUACAGGAAAUUGUGUGCUACGGAGUAGUAUGUCCAAUAUGAAAAACUUGCUGAACAUUGUACAAUGCGAAUGGGCUAAUUAACAAUAGGAUUUAAGUGUUUUCCAAAGUUGAUUAUUAUAAUAUUGUUAUUACUAUUAUUAAUAGUAGCAUUAAAUGUUUUAUAUUACCAUGAUAUUUAUCUACAAUAGAAAUCAUUACUUUUAAUGUUGUUUGUCCUAACAAGAAUGUCAAUGCUAUAUUAUUUGUGCUUUAAAGGAGAUUAAUUUAUCAUUAUUCAACCAUAUGAAAAAAAAAAAUCUUCCCUAAAUGUUAUACAUUUUGACCAUUUGUAUUUUUCACCAUUGCGGGACUUUUAUUUUGGAGGAAAAUCGCUGAGGUCUUAUUCUUGAUUGGUCUUGCUUAUUCUUGCUGGCGGAACGGAGGUGCUAUAGAGACUGCUGCGGACUACACCAGAGAGAACUGUGGAAUAGGUGUGUAAGUACACAUACUGAUCGCUAGCUAUAGUUCUACUCUAUUAAUAAACUGUUCAGGCUAACAGUGAUUACUAUUUCA